AUGGCGAAGAUAAGUCCCUCACCGCCGCCGAUCGGUACCCACUUCGGGAAGACGGACUUGGAGAGGUUGGGCUACUUCGCAGAGAUGAGCUAUCUUAACGGUGGCGGAUAUACUCCCCUCAUUACAAUGCCUCAGAUUAGAGACUCGAAAAACAAGCAGAUGAUUCCGGAAUUCCCAAAAGUAAAAACCACAGGAUUACAAGAUUGCUACUUUGAUAAAUUAUAUAAGAGACUGUUUAUUGGAGAAGCAUACUUUGACCCUCUGAAGUACGCUUUAAAGCAAAAAUUGGAAGAGGGAAAGAAAAUAAAGGGUUUAUUCCGACCAACUUCCUAUACUCAUCUGCAGGCCUGUCGAGGUGACUUCUUUGGUUGCUUUACAACAUCAAUGAAAGCUUUCGACCCUAGGACUAGAGGUGUUACCAAGGCAAAAGUUGGUAAAGAUGCCAUAAAAAAAUUCCUCGAGUUCAUUCCUUCUAGUCCAGGGAAGAAAGGUGGAUACGGAUAUCUAGAUACAACAAUCAAUCCAUACCCAAAAUAUAAAUCAUCUCCUUAUGAAAUGAAAAUAACUAAACAAGCGCUAGACCCUAAACGUAAAGUGGUGAGCUGGCUGCCUCCUUCUCCUCCCGGUUUAUUUCAGAGCUAUUACACAUCAAGCACAGGCUACAUACGAACGGUCCCUGCAGUCUGGUCUUUGAGCGGUCUCUUCAGGCCACCCAAUCCGACCAAGAGUCUUGGAGGUUGUAUGGACGGUUGUUUCGAUAAAUGGCCAAUCCAUUCAUGUGACCCAUACAUAGAUCCUUGGAAGGUUCAGGCAGGAAAGACGGAACCUAAACGGAAAUCCAAAGUAGAAAAGGAAAGGCCACCAGUGUGGGUCCCAAAUGGAAUGGGGAAGACUAACUUCACACCAUCUGUCAUGCAGAAUAAUGUAAACAUUUGCACGAACGCUCUGAAUUGGAGGAAUAUGAAGCCGGUGACGUACACAAGAGAAUUCAUUUAA